AUGGAGAGCAAAAAAAUGAAGAUAGCAAUCGAUAUUGACAAAGAAUCAAAACAUCAAAACAGAUAUAUUGAUGGAAUGAGCGAUGACUUUGGAAGCACGUCAGGUCUGUUAAGUGGCAGUGCACAACGGCUUGCGCACAUGAUAGGCUCAGGGAAAUCAAACAGGACUUUAAUGUGCUAUAUUAUUACUGGACUGGUUGUUCUGUUCCUUAUACUCUAUUAUGGCCUGGGUAGAAUAGUUAGAUAAACCAUAAUCAUAGUAUAUAAUAUAAAUAAUCCUA